GAUAAAACCAAUGACUCAGGCACUUGCUUCGCUCACAAACCAGCCUUUAUUUCAGUGCUUUUAACCCAACACACUGUGAGUCGCUGACCCCAUCAAUCAUCCACACCACCCCGCCCCACAGUUUUUAUCCGUCUCUCCUUCUUCUUCCUCUCUCACCAGCACCAGGUACUACUACACAUAUACUUGUUGUACUAUUAAUAAUAAUGGAGUACUGCAUGGAAGCAAGGGCCUUGAAAUCGAGUCUGCGCAGAGAACUGGCCGUGAAGUCGACCCAGCAUGUUCUGUUGGAGGAACUUUGGUGUGCUACUGGAAUUUCUGGUGUGCCCUGUGAGGAUUUUUCAGUGGAUGACCUUCUUGACCUCUCCAAUGGCGAAUUCGGAGACGGGUCCGUUGAAGAAGAAGGAGAAGAAAGAGACUCAGUUUCUGUGGAUGAUGAAACUUCCAAUUCAAGCAAUUCGGUCUUGGCUGACUCCGACUCCGGUCUGGCAACCCAGCUCUUAGUUCCGGACGAUGAUUUAGCAGAGCUUGAAUGGGUUUCUCAUUUUGUGGACGAUUCUCUCCCGGACCUCUCUCUAUUACACACAAUUGGUGUCCAAAAACCGGAAGCUCUUCCUGCGAACCGGUCUGAACCGGAACCCAAACCGGCUCAAUUAAGAGCUUCUCUGUUUCCUUUUGAAGUUCCGGUCAAACCUAGAACCAAACGUUGCAGACUCGCCAGCCGGGAUUGGUCCUUGUCCUCUUCAUCUUCACCGUCGUCGCCUUCUUCUUCUUCGGGUUCGGGGUUUUCAUUUUCAACCCCUUGUCUUAUCAUCAACCCGGUUCAAAGCAUGCACGUAUUUGUUGGUGAACCGGCGGCUAAGAAACAAAAGAAAAAACCGGCGGUCCAAACAGGGGAGGGUUCAAUUGGGGGACAGUUUCAGCGGAGGUGUAGUCAUUGCCAAGUUCAGAAGACUCCACAAUGGAGAACUGGUCCGCUUGGUCCUAAAACGUUGUGUAAUGCGUGCGGCGUUCGGUUCAAGUCUGGCCGGCUUUUCCCGGAGUAUAGGCCGGCUUGUAGCCCGACUUUCUCCGGUGAUGUCCACUCGAAUAGUCACCGUAAGGUGUUGGAGAUGAGGAAGAGGAAAGAGAUUGGCGAGCCCGAACCGCGGUUGAACCGGAUGAUUCGGAGUUUUUGACGGGUUAAAGUUAGAGAAUAGUGCACUUGAACCGGAUCGAAUGGGAUGGACCCAAUUGUGUUGUACAUUUUUGUUGGUAGUUGGCAGUAGUAGCAGUGGUGGUAGUACUAGGCUUUUAGGAAGCUUUUAGAAUUUAGCCAUGGUUUUAGGUUUUAGCUCUAUACUUUUUCUUGUAUUAUUAAUUAAUGGUCUCCAUCUUGUUACAUGGCCCCGUAGUAAAAGAAAUUAGGGUUUAAACCUC